AUCCCCGUUAUUUAGCGAUCUAAAAACAGUAUGAUGGCUGUGAAAUCUGCGACCUCUAACGGUGCAGAUGAAAACUCUAAACUAAAAGAGGACAAGAAAGGAUGGUUGUCCAAACGUACUCAUUUUACGCACCGAUGGAAAACGACGUGGUUUCAGUUGAAAGACACUCAGCUGUUGUAUGGUCAAAAUGAAGGGAAGCCUGUCAAGAGCAUCGACUUAGUUGGAGCUGUGGUGGAGACUGACGAAGGAGGUGGCUCAUAUGGAUGGACAAUUACACCUAAGGACAGAAGCCGGACCUUCUACCUGCGGGCUGAGUCUGUAGUGGACCAGCAAGGAUGGAUGCUGGCUGUCUGUGAAGCCCAGCUGACCUCCAGGGAACACGCCUCCAACGCAUGUGUACUGCAGUAGCCUUGAGCCUAAAGUUUGGCACAGAUCUAGUUUUAUACUUUUUUACUUAUUGUAGAGCCUGCUGGGCAGUCAUAGACCUGGCAAAUAGAGAUUAUGAGAUUGUUUUGUAUUUUGCCUCUAGUCUUCCAUUUAAUCAGUCAUGGUACAAACUUUAGAUAAAAAAUAUUUUUGCAUAAUUGAGUUACUCAAACUACUUAAUGAUAAAGUUUGAUUGUGUCAAUGAACUCCUUGGUAAAAGCUUUGUGUAUAAAGCCACAUCCUGUUCUAUAGUAUGUGCAUAAUACAUAUUGUUCCCUGCCUCCCAACCCCUUAUCUUCAUCUAUUGCACGGAAGUGCUGCUCGACCCGGCCAGAGUUGACAGUUGCUAUGGAAUAAUUACCACUCACAGGAAUCCUGCUGCUAAAAGAUUGGCCUAAUAAUCUAU